AUGUCGUGCGAGUUCUGCAAAAGCGGCUGCGAACCGUGCUGCCCACACCUUCAGAGCUACGGGUUCGACCGCGACGGCACCUUUCAGGAGUACGUCGUCGUCCGAGGCGUCGACGCCGCCCGGAUCGCUCCCGCCACCGAUAUGGCCCAAGCGGCGCCGAUUCUUUGCGGAGUUGGGACUUUUUGCGAGAAAACGAACGUGUGAACAUCGUAGGGCGUGACGGUGUACAAGGCUUUGAAGGAAGCCAAGCUGCAAGCCGGGCAGAUCGUGGCGGUGACUGGAGCCGGAGGAGGCCUGGGCUCCUUGGCGAUCCAGUACGCCAAGGCGAUGGGUCUCCGGGUUUUCGCCAUCGACCACGACAACAAGAAGGAGCAUUGUCUGGAACUUGGCGCCGAGUGGUUCUUGGAUGGCUUCCAGGACGGCCAGAAGAUUGUCAAAGACGUUAGGGAGGUGAGAAAGUUCAUCCUUAUUUUAUUUUUUUUUGUUGGAAGUCUUCAUAAAGCUUUUUGAAUUGCAAAAAAGCGAUAGAUUAUUUUGAAAUGGUCCGGAAUUAAGAUAGUGAGAGAAGAGACGCUAGACGGUUUGGGAGCCUAUUUCUCUAGCUUCUCUUCAAACCGCUCAAUCUCUCUCGUUCAUCUAAUGAGCUAACUGGAGGAAAGAGAGAGCAAUGGGCCUGAAGAGAGAUCAGAGAAAGAGAGAAAUCCAUUUCACUAGCGUCUCUUCGGGCCGCUGCAGAUUUCUCGUUUGCUGGAUUUCAAGAUCCCUUUUUUGAACCCUACGCUAGCAAAAAUCAUAUUAUUUGUGCAAUUUUCAAAAUUUUUGAAUAUUCAUUUCACUCUGAUACAUAUAACAACAUGAGCUACUAAUUUUUACAAAACUUGGUCUCGAAAAAAGUGUUUAUUUUUCAAUUUUGGAGAUCUUAACUGUACUUUCUCUCAAGGAAUGAAUCUCUGGAUAUUUUUGAGAAGUGAUUUUUUUUUCGCCAAAAAGUUCGAAACUCCAAACUAGUGUCUCUUAUCUUGACUAGACUCAAAAAAAGUCUUCAAAAGACUAUCAGAUAGUCAGGCGACUGGCACCACAAGGCAAAAAAAAAGCAAAUUGUUUAUCAACCUUUGGUUAAUCAGCAGUAGACAGGACAAAAAACGAACUUUAAUAUUGAGAUAACGAACGGCGGACCACAUGGCGUGGUAAGCUUGGCGGUGGCGAAAGCGCCGAUGGAACAGGCCAUGGAAUACAUCAGGAAAAAUGGAACCGUCGUCUACGUCGGAUUGCCCAAAGAUUCGAAGGUUGAUGAUUUUUUCGAGUAUUAGGCAGGCUUGUGCGUCAUGCUGGGCGGCCUGGCCCGGGCUUUGGGACCUAAUUUUUUAAAAAAGCCAGCGCGGGCGCGGGCCGGGCUUUGAAAAAAUCUUGAAUUUCAUUUUAAAACAAUUUCAACGAAAAAUUAUUUUUACUUGUUGAAUCAUAGUUUCUAAUAUUUCUAUGAAGAAAAAUAAGUAAAAAAUUUCUUCUCGUUAAAAAAGCGAAAAGCUCGAAAUGAAAAAAAUUUGAGCUUUUUGGGCUGGGCCGGCCAUUUUUGCUUGAGGCCCUUCUAAGGCCGGACCGGGCCGUGCUUGGGAAGUGACCGGGCGGUCGAGAGGUUGACGGGCCGGCCCUCUCCCAAGUCGGGUAUUAGGAGAAAAUGGAAGAAAAAGCUUUCUCAAAAUGGGCAUUUUGUGCUCCGUAGAUAAAAUGAUUUCUCACAAGGGAGGUCAUUUUACUUUGUGGUUGGGAUUUUCCUGAAAAGUGGCCAGAACACUUCUUGAUAUAUGUACCAAAUGAAGAUUCUGAAAACGUCAACUUGGGCAACUUCCUAUUUUUCGAGAAAAAGGGACUCAAACCCCAAAAAAAUCGCCGAUUCAAAGGAUUUUUUUUUUCGAAACUAGGAAGUUUUAUAGGUUGUGCCUUUCAGGAUCUCAUUCUGGUACAUCAAGAAGUUUUCCGGCCAAAUUCCAGGAAAAUCCGAACCGCAAAGUAAAAUGACCUCCCUUGUGACAAGUCAUUUUAUCCAUGGAGCACACAACAUCGAUUUUUUCAAAUACUUUCCAAACUAGAAAAAUCAAAAAUUUGAGAAUUCAAGUCUCCAACUUCUGGGCUCCAUUGGCAAACCUUAAGCUUUAUGAGAUUUUUCAAAAUUCAUUCUCUUUCAGGUAACUUUCGACACGGCGCCUUUCAUUUUCAACGCCAACAAAAUCGUCGGCAGUAUUGUUGGAAAUCGGCUUGAUGUUGAUGAAGCGCUGGAGUUUGUGAGCAGGGGCGUCGUGAAGGUUCGAUUUGAAAACGGAAACAAAUUAUGUUCAUAGCUGACUCACGGCUAGCUUGGGCCAUCGCAAAAAGGGUCCUGACACGAUAAGAAAAGAGACAGUGCCUGGAUCGUGGAGAGCGCAGGCUGGUCACGCCUUUUUGCGUCCCAAGCUAGCCGUGAAUCGGCUAUAUUCAAUUCUGCGCGAUCUUGUCACAUUCCAAAAAAAAAAAUAGGCAAAACACAGUAUUCAGAGCUCUUUUUUUGCGUCUUCGCUGUAGGACCUGGGAUUUUAAGGUAUACGGUGUUUUAGCCAGAAAAAUCCAAUGACAAGCUGGCACGGAGUAGACCAUAAAAAAAACGAUAUAAUACAUUCAAACGUCAUUCCCAAUAGAAAAAAAAAGGUUCUUCAAACAUGUGAUUCAAGUAAAAAUUUUCGCAUUGAUUUGAUGAUGUGAAGCAUGCCUCAACUUCGAAAGAUUAAAAAAAAAACUUCUAUGAAAAGAGUACUUUUUAAAAAAAAAAUGCUCAUCGAUUGAUUUUGGAACGGUUUCAAUUAUGAAAUUUCGAUAAUUUCAUCAGAAUCUUUCAUAGCAAAAAGAAAUUGGCGGCAAGAGGAUUUGAACAUUCAUCAUGGGCUUCGCACGCUAACACGCUAGCCACUGCACCACGCUCAGAAAUGUCAUCCAAAGGCUGGUGGCGCGUACGCAUUCCUUCCAAACGGCGUCACAUGGUUAAGGAUGAAAAUUUAAAAAAUCACAUCUCCAAAAAUAGAAGUUUGAUCAGAUAGCGACGAUGUGGAUCGAUUCCCAGUUCAUCAAAGAUUGUUUGAAUAAUUUUAUAGAGAAACCUUACGCAAAAAUCACCUUCCACGUUAAUGAUUUUGAAGAUGUAAGUGUGGAUUCCAUCAAUAUACCUAGAGAUUUUUCAAUUCUAAAAAUCGAUUCUUGAUUAUCAGAAAAGUUAAGGUGCCCCUGGAGCUGAUCAAAUUGGAAGAUGUGGAGCGGAUCUACCGCGAAAUGCUCGACGGAACCAUCAAAAGCAGGGCCGUUAUCGACUUCUCCUUGUAA